UGGUGGUGGUUCUAUUCUAUAGGCCGAGGACGCGGGUUCAGGCGAGGUGAGGAGACAAACCAAGUUGAACCUAUGAGUAGCGGCAGUGUUCGCUGAGCAGAAACAAGCGCGAAGCGAACUGGGAGAGACGCGCCCUAUCAUCCAAUCUAUUGAGCAUAUACCGUCUUUCUAAUAACACUUUGGAGGAGAUUCACAUGAAGAAGAGGAACUUAAUCGGGCUAUUUCACUGAGAGAUGGUGGCAUUGCAACGUGAAUCACAGUCACUCGGAGCCAGCAGUCAUUAUCAAAACAACCAGAGAGUGUAUUUCUUAAGUGAGCUAUUAAACGAAACUCAAGCACACAAUCUAUGAGUUUGGCAAUUACCCGAUCACACCAGGGCUAUCCAAGCAUGAAAUACCAUACUAGACCCACCAGUAGCGUCCUCCAGGAUUUGUCUAGUGGUCCCUCCCAUCUGUUGGGACUGGAAGGCCUGGACCCGAGGCCUCUGAGCGAGGCAAUGUCCUUCACUGACGAGGCGGUCUCCAUCCUGACCUCCAGCAGCCAGCUAGCCCGUUCCCUCCUGGGCUGCACCAAUGCCCUGAAGCGGAAAGAAAGCCUAGCCGCCACCGCUAACCAUACCAACGCUAAUGCUAUCUCUAACAAUGACGGUGAGGAUGACUUUGACGAUAGCAACAGUGCUCUGCGCCGCAAACGCGAGUUCACUCCCGAUGAGAAGAAGGACGACGGCUACUGGGAUAAGAGGAAGAAGAACAACGAGGCGGCGAAACGGUCGCGUGAGAAACGACGUGCCAAUGACAUGGUCCUGGAGACGAGGGUUCUGGGGUUGUUGGAGGAGAACGCCCGACUAAGGGCCGAACUCCUGGCCUUCAAGUUCCGCUUUGGCCUAGUCAAGGACAACUCCGACAUAGCCAUAAUGCCGCUGUCCGUGCCUCCACCCAAACAUCUUGAACCGAGGUACUACCUACCCCACGAUGAUGGUUCCUACCCCCAUAACACCCCCGCCACCACCUCCCACCACCAUCCCCACCACUCAUCCUCAUACGAGGUGAGGGGAACUGGGCUGCCAGCAGGGCGUGACGUGGGCAGUAGUAUAUCCGAGGACUCUGGUUUCUCUCCUGGAAGCUCCAACGUGGGCAGCCCUGUGUUCUUUGACGACGGACUAGGGGACCACAGCCGAACAUCCCCCAGAACGGUAGAGGAACAGGGGCGUUAUGAGCCUCGCGCCUCCCUGGAGGCAGAAGGACAGUACCACGGCAGGCAGGACUCUAGCCUACCACACAAACUCCGCUUCAAAACCCCCGGUGGAGGUAGCGAAGGUGUGGAGAUACCAGCAAGGUCCCCUAAUAGUAAACGCCCUUUCCCCGUAGCUACAGUCGGACCAAACACCCAGAGGAGCCAGGCUGGAUGGUACAGUCAUAGGGGAGAGGGCCAGGCUGCAUGGCCCAGUGAGGAGGCCCGUGCUGGGCAUGAUCAGCAGCACCACUACUCCCCCUCUGGAGGGUCUGCACACAGCCCCACCACUACCACAGACUCCCAGUAUGUGGCGGAGAAUGGCACCCUCAAAUCCCAGCUCAGCUCUCUAUCGCAGGAGGUGGCCCAGCUCAAGAAGCUGUUCUCUCAGCAGCUGCUCUCCAAACUGGUCUGAGGUCAGGUUGAACACACUCACAACCUCACCUUAACACACAUUUUUACAUUUACAUACAGAGAAGAGCAACAGAGAGAUAAAGGGGU